AUUACAGAUAUUUACAUUUGAGGCACAGAGAAAGCGACAGUAUACAUACCUGAGAAAGUUGCACUGUAAGGGUCCAGAAAAAGAUUGCCGGAGGCUCCUGCAUCAUGAGUUCUGAAACAACUGGAGAAACUACAACACUGAAGACAGAUGAAGGAGCCACAUCUGUUGCUACUAAUCCCACUUCAGUUCAAGGGGAGUGGAAGUGCCCCCUGAGUGAUCGUCACAUUCAUAGAGAUGAUAUGAGAAAGGUUUGGAAAGAAUGCCAUGAGGAGAGCUUCUGGUACAGAGCCCUUCCCUUCUCUCUGGGCAGCAUGGCUGUCACCGGUGGUCUGAUCUACAAUGGUAUCUGGAAAUCAUCAAAGCGAUUUGGUCCCUUUCCAAAACUAGCAGUUGCUGGGAUCCUUGGUUAUGCAGUGGGAAAAGCAUCUUAUGUUGGAACUUGUCGAAGCAAAUUCCAGCAGCUUGGCCUUUGGGAUGGACCAGGAUUUGGACCCUGGUCUAAUGGAGGUCGCCCAGGGCAUUUUAGUAACUCUGGUCCUGGACACAGAUCCUGCCACCAUGUGUGUGAAGAAUGUAAGAAAACGGCUCAGGCUGCACCUGCAGAGGAAGUUAAAAGUUAGAGAGUCAUUGAAGGACUGACCGUCAGCAUGGCUCUGCCAGUAGCAGCUUUAUUGUUUAUUAAAUGUUCUAAAUAGUGCAUACAAUUUGUCUCUUUUCAUCUGUUCUGAUAAACUGUACCUGAUAUUCAUUCAUGUCAAACUAUGCACAAAGUUCCGCUAGGGGGAGCUGCUAUCCUUCCAAUCAUAGAUCUUUUGAUCUUUAUUUUGUUCAGUGUUUCAAUUAUCAGCUGCAACAUACUUUUGCAAAAGAGAAUAAAAUAUUGUCUAACAU